CCUAUUUGCAACUCGACUUUUUUGCAAAAGGUAGCGGUAGAAGGUGAAACAUUUCUAUCCUUUUCUCUUCAGCUCAUAAUUGAUGCUGGCUUGGCAAGCUCUUCCCUCUAGCCAUGGAUUGCGCAAUCCGAUCUUGACGCAAAGCGCAGUGACACCCACGCCCACACCAAGCAGCGCACGAAGAACGUGGGCAGAGCUGCACUGGGCAUCUCCCCUUGGCCUCCUCGUUUUUUGGUCUCGCCGGGCGCGACCCUCUUCGUGGAGAGUUCGCCGGCGCGCGAGGACAUCGAAGACCUCCGUGGAGACUGCCGACUUGGAGGAAUGCUUGGCGAAGGAGCCAUGGAGAAGAGGCUUUGAAGCAGCAGAGGAGCUGGAACCGGUGGAACUUGAAAUCACGGACGUCAGGUGGUCCUCGAUGUUAGAUCUGAAAGGGACCAUCUAUCGAAAUGCAUCCGGUCGGCUGCGUGUUGGAUGCUCGGAGUAUUUACACUGGUUUGAUGGAGAUGGAUUUGUUUUUGCCCUUUCCAUUGAUGGCACGAAAAGAAAGGCAGCCUUUGCUUCGCGCUUUGUGCGCACUUCGCGUUUCUUGGCCCAAGAAGAGCCAAGCGCCUUGGCCAGAGCCAAGGAAGGUUUGGGCAUGGCCUCAGCAUGUCCUUGGACACCUGCAGCCAAUGGGGACUUUUUCUCCAAUGUCUUCAGGAUACCAACCAACCCGGCAAACACCAGCGUGCUAUGGUGGGGCGAUCGUUUGUUGGCCUUGUGUGAAGGAGGCUUGCCGUAUCGCUUGAACCCAGGCACCUUAGAAACUCUGGGUGAAGCACUUUUCACCUCUCCCGAACUGUCAGAAAGUGGUGUCUUUUUCUUCUCGGCUCAUCCGAAACGGGACGCGAGCUCCGGCGAGCUCUUCAACAUUGGUAUCACGCUUGGGAUGCCGCUUAGCCUGGAAGUCUAUUGCUGCUCCGCGGCAGGGGAGCUCCGGCAACGGAGCAAAGUUCCAUUGAAAGAACUCACUUUCGUCCACGACUUUGCGAUCACAGAGAAGUAUAUUGUGCUGAUCCUGCCUCCUUGGGUUUGCCCCGUGGAGGGUGUGCUCCAAAGCCUUUGGGAAGGAGGCCUGGGAAGCAAGUUCCAAUGGCAAGAAGAUUUGGGUACCAGGUGUGUGCUCUUGCGACGCAGUGACCUCAGCACGGUCUUCGAUGAAACUCUCAAGCCUCCAGUCUCCCUCUACCACACUGUGAAUGCCUUUGACCAGGGUGAGGCAGUGGUGCUCCAAGUGGCCGCGCACAAUGGAUCCCGGGAGGAGGUGGAGAGGAACUUCCAGGAUAUGUACCGAAGCACUUGGACAGAUGAGACCCGAUGUUGCUUGAAAGAACUGGUGCUCGACAUCUCAGCUGGGCAGAUCUCUGUGAGCUCAGUGGGACCAGCAGAGGCGGCUUCCUUUGAGCUUCCGACGAUUCACCCGGCCUUCGUUGGCAGAAAGCAUCGCCAUGUCUUCACGAACAGUGCCUUUCCAUCCACCGCAGGCUUUGCCAAUAGCAUCGAACGCCUCGACCUGGAGAAGAACCUGUUGGAUCGCGCGCGGUUUGAUGCCGGGCAAUUUGCUGGGGAACCGAUGAUUCUUCCAAAGACAGGGCCGCAGGAGGAACUCAAUGCGUAUGUUUGCACCUGCGUCUACGAUGCGAACGUGCACAAAUCGUUUUUUGCCUUCUUCGAUGCUGGCAAUCUGGCCGCCGGUCCUGUGGCCAAGGUUCAUCUUCCUACCCACGUGCCGUAUUCCUUUCAUGGAGAUUGGGUACCAGGAUUCGUGCCUGUGAUGGACGAUGCGCGACUCACGGUGACCUGAUUCCGGCGCCCCGGUGACCCCGGUGACGCGCACGGUCGAG